CGCGCGUGUGUGUGUGCCUAAGUGUAUACGCGUGAAAGCAUAGAGGGCAUGCAUGCCAGCCUGCCGAGCAUAGCUAGGAGGAGGAUCUUUUUGUUUUACUUCACAUCUUUCCUGGACCGAAAUACCGCUUCUCGUCCGCGGACUUUGUUACGUCGUUGUGUGCCAGUGAGUUUUUUUGUGCAAAGAAAAGCGACAUUCCAUGCAGUGCUGGUGCAGCUCUUUGCGGCUGGCAGUGCGUUGGUUUGCUGCGUCGUCCAACCAAAAUGACAAAUCGAUUCGCGGAGUGCAUGUUGCUGAAAAAGUUAGAAACCGAACGUACGCACUACCACACCACCUUGUGCACAAGUAGUUCUGAGUGAAACAAUUGUGUCGGUGAUUCGGUUAGUGCUGUGGGACUGCGGCUGCUUAUUAUUGUUUAUUUCCGUGUAAAACAGGUGCACCCGACUGGUCUAGGUAGUGCAACUCACCAACCACCAAACCAAAUAUAAAGUGUGCAGAAGUGUGUGGAAAAGCUGCCGAAUGAUGGCAUCCUUUUUCAUCUAUCGUGGACAAAUCCAUCAACAACAACGAUUAAAGUGACAGUGAAUGAACGACAGAAAGCGUUUGCAAUCGUGUAAAAAAAAAACCCCACGAAUCUCAGUAUACGGAAAGUCUGUUGUAGAAUUUGCAGUCCAUAAGCGGUAGGCAGGCAUAAUCGACAACCAUGGACGAAGAAGCGCUGAUAGCACGAGCGAAGGAGGAACGGGAAAAGAUUUUCCAGCGCUACGAUAAGGGCCGGGAACCGGGUGCCGAGAUCGAUCCGUGGGAGGAUCCCCAGUUUGAAGUGUACCAUCAGACGGAUAGGUAUGGAUUCAUCCAUGACAAACGGCUACCGCGCAAACGGGAACCACACGAAGCUAAAGCGCUCGAGAUCGAGAUGGGCCGGGUGAAGAAGUGGCUCAAACUGCUCGGCCUGUCCUCGCCACCCAUCAAACGGUCCUGGGACGACAAGGCGGUACAGGCGAAGGUUCGCAAACGGGUGUUCAAAGGCAUACCGGAGAAGAUACGCGGUAAGGUGUGGUGCAAGCUGCUCAAUCUCGAGCAGGUGAUGAAGGCCGAGGAGGGCAAGUACAAGAAGAUGCUGGAGCUGGCCCGCAACUGGAGUACGGAGGCGCGACAGAUCGAUAAGGACGUGAACCGGCAGUUUCGCGAUCAUAUCUUCUACCGGGAGCGUUACAGCGAUAUGCAGCGCAGCCUGUUCAAUGUGCUGGUGGCGUACAGUAUGUACAAUUCCGAGGUUGGCUACUGCCAGGGAAUGUCCGGUUUGGCUGGCGUGCUGUUGAUGUACAUGAAGGAGGAAGAAGCGUUCUGGGCUUUGAGCGUCCUGCUGGCGGAUGCCAAGUUUGCAAUGCACGGUCUUUUCAUUGAAGGCUUCCCGAAACUGACCCGCUUUCUAGCACAUCACGACAAAAUCAUAACCAAAUUCAUACCAAAGCUUAAAAAACACUUCGACCAGUGCAAUCUCGACUCGAUCCUGUACUCGUUGAAAUGGUUCUUUGUUGUGUUUAUCGAAAGGAUACCGUUCAGCUUGUGUUUACGCGUCUGGGACAUUUAUCUGCUCGAUGGGGAAAAGGUGGUGACGGCAAUGGCCUACAACAUACUGCGCAUGCACCGCAACCAUAUACUUAAGCUGCGGGAUAUGGAUCAAAUCGUACAGUACAUCCAGACGCGGCUUUGUGAAGAUUUUGGUUACGAUGACGAUGCGGUGAUUAAAAACCUCGAACAAUGCAUGGAAGAGCUGCGGAAGGCUGGGUUAGAGUUGCCUCCGCCACCGAGCGAAAUUGAACUGCCGAAAAAGGAGUUCGGUGUGUUUGUGGAGCCUACAGCGGCAGCACAGAUCGGUCGACGGAAGCAAGAAUUUACGGAAACGGAAAAGGAAGUCACCGAAACGGUCAAACUGAAGCGUGAAAUAACCGAACAAGAAAUUGCCAACCUUAAUCGAAUCGCAACCGCACCGGGAGGAUCCACCCAACAAUUGAAUACAGUACACAUUCCCGAGUCGGAAGAUGGUGGAUCGCUGCUGGGAAGCUCGCGGAAAUCGUUGGCCGACACGUCGGUCACAUCAACGGCCGAUCUGAGCGUGCUUUCCGGUGGUCAAAGCCAACGGUCCCACCAAGCGUUCGAUUUCUGCGUCGAGGAUCAGAACGUGAUCCCGAGCGAGGACGAGGGCGAUGGUGAAGCUAGCCCGGUAUCAAAGCGCAAACAGUCGGCAGUGCCAUCGGCGACGCCUGGUACCGGGCACGGUACCGCGUACGCCACCGCCUCCUCCACCUCCUCGACGAGGCCGGUCAGGCUUAGAAGUGCAACAUCCGCCAUCGGUUCAACGAGUGUGGUAGAGCGUAGUCCUUCCGCCCUGCAGCUAAUGACUCCGCGGGCCAUGUCUCCCCACGAUGUGGUCCGCAUCUACGUACCACCGGCCCCACCGGAAGAGCGGGCACAGCAGGCUACCGAUGCAUCCGCACCCGCUCCAAACAAUCACGAACCGGCCACAAACGGAACGGCGGGACAGAGGCGUCAGCGUUCUUCGCGUGCCAGUUACAACGACGAAGAUGGCGAAGAGGACGACUCAAAGACGCGUCGCAACAGUGAAAUCGAUCUCUACCUUCAGCAAUCGAUGAAUGCUGGCCCGGUAGUGGGCAAUGGGAAUGCCGCUGGAGCCGCGUUCGGAAGUGGAAGAUUUUCCGACUUUACGAGCGGUGAUUUCCAGAGCCAACAGCAACAGCAACAGCAGCAGCAGUACGGAUCGCUGCUUUCGUCCGCACCAUUAUCGCCGGUGGCAUCUCAGAGCAAUAAUUACGCGUCGAAUGGCCGGUCCACCUCGUCAUCUCGGCGGGGCAGUAUGUCACGAAAAUCGCCGGCUCCAACACUCGACAGUGAAUUUAUCAUCGAGUGUAGUCACUUGAAGAAUCGCAAGUACGUACCACCGGAACAUCACAGCAGCCACAACAGUCUGGUGUUGAGCGUGGGUGGCGGCUUACCACCGGCGCCGUAUGGUAGUCGCAACGGAUCGGAAUCCAACCUGAAUCGCAUGACGUCGUUCGAGGAGCUGGCCAAGGCGAAACUGCAGCAUCAUCUGUCCGGAAGCGGUGGCAGUGGAGCGAUCAGCGGAAGUAGCAGCAGUCUGUUGAAAAGUACCGCGGAAGAUUAUUACGCCGUGCGGCAAACGGUGGCGAUAGCGAAGACGAUCGCUUCAGCCACCCACAACCGUAUGGCGAGGAGUGAAAUUUACGAGUCAAUCGAAAGCCGGGAAGAAUCCCAUUACGAUAGUCCACGUCGACGGCAGCAGCACCAGCAGCAGCAGCAACCAAUCGAUGCAUCCUCCGACGGUGGCGGUGGUUCAAUGCACCACCACAAGACUUCCCGUGGCCAUAAGAGCGACUACAACAUCCAGUACCGAGCGCAGCAGCAACAGGCCGGUGGCGGUGGUGGUGGCCCAACCUCACCGCUGAGCGAUGGCGGAGGCGAUUGGGUUGAGUAUCGGCCGUUUAAAUCGGCAUCCCGGCAAAACAGUGGCAACGAUAGCUCACCGUUUGAUUACGAUCCACUACCCACGGAUGGUGGUUCGUCCGGCGAACAGGGCAACACGGUCACGGAACGCUACAAUCGUUUCUUCAACAAUGAUGAAGAGGAUGACGAGCGGGAGGACGCGUUGAAUGGAGUAGCGGCAGCAGCAGCCUCCUACCGCCAUCGGGAAGACGAAGAUAAGCUGUUGACGAAAUCGUCCGACGAUUCGUCCACAAGUCCACCACCUACCACCACCAGUCGUCCCUCGCAGCUGCCACAGUACCAGCGGCAACCGGCCAGUGGCGGUACGGGAACAACGGGCAGCAUGCAACGACAGCGACCCCGCCAAAGACAACCACCAACAAGCCCGUCCCAUCAAAACGGAACAACGCCAACGAACGAAAUGGCCCCCCUGCUACCCGUCUCCCCGUCCUCAUCGUCGUCGGCCAUUCCCGUCAGCAGCAUCAUCGGUAGCGGUAGUAGUAGUAGUGUUAAGCGUAAAUAUUCUACCGAAUCAUUUUCCCGCGUACCGGUGGCAGGUUCGGCGUCGAUAACCAGCACCCCAACUGGAACGAGACGCCGUGGCUCGAACGCAUCAUCUGCCGCGAGUGGCACCAUGUCUUCGCCGCCCGUCGUCCAUUCACGCAUACCGGUGGGAUUAAAAUCGCCCACAUCGCCCACCGGUUCGUUACAGGGUUCGUUCCGGUCCGGGAUACCGACGCGUGGACCAUUGCCGUCCGGUGGUUCCAAAGCACCGCCGGACGUUGGCGACCGUUUGCCCCAGUACCAGUACGGUACGGUUUCUUCUGGGCCGGCCUCGUUAGCGCUGUCGUCGCCGCCGUCCUCAAGGAUCGCCGGACCGGUGCAAGGGUCGGGUUUGCAUUCUAGCAACAGCCGGGUAGGUUCGUCCCGGUCGGCUCAUCAGAUACAGUCCGACUCGAACAAGAUACGCAUCCAGAUUAAUCCAUCACAAUCGUACAGUAGCAGCGGUACGACGAAGGGUGGAUAGAGCCCCCUGCCUAGGCAAGAGUUAUUUAAUAUAUUUUUUUAAGAAAUGUUUCGGCCAGCACAUGCUGUUGUUGUCGAAAUUGAUUCCCAAUUUAGUAUUUUUAUGUGUAUGUGUGUGUGUUAAGCAAUUGUCUCCUCUAUUCUUUAUUCUCGAAACUAGCCAGCUGCCUGUUUUUCACUCAGCCCCGUUAUUGCAUUGCAUUCCACGAUCGAAUUUAGGAUUAAUUAAGCCUUUUUUCCUCUCAAAGCGCAAUCGCUGUUCCAUGUUAUCGAUUGCGAUUAAUUAUAAUAAACGAAAGAGUCGUAAACGAAAAUCUCUAAACACACACACACGGGAUGGAAAUGCGGCUUAGCUUAUCUCAGCCAUUGCAAAGCAAUAACAGAUUGUCCAUCAUCGUUAUAGCGUUUCGCUGGCUUCUUUCACUUUCUUUAUUUGUCUCCCAACUGCAAAAACAAGAAGGAACAGUAGUUAUAGAGCACGGCUUGUUGUUUCAGCCUAGAAGGCUAGAAUCAAUGUAGUGGGCAUGGGCAAAAGGGAAAAAAACGUACAAUUCCAAACACAAUAUGCCGAUAGACAAUAUCGAAAGAGAGAUGAGAGAAAACUGUUCUGACUUGACGCUACUUUACAAAAGUGCAUUUAUCAGUUAAACAUUUACAUUGUUUUGUUUGAAGGGUUACAACAGGUUCCUGGCGCCUAAUAACACACACACGCUUCUCACAACCAUGACGAUAUAUAGGCGUUCAGAGACACGUAGAAGUGUUAGUUAAGAACAUAGAGCAAACAGCAACAUUCGUCGCGAGGCACAAAAUCAAACCGUUCCAAACUUUAAUGAUUAAAUCUCCUUCCCUCGAAUGAAUGAUAUCGAAUGCAAUUCGCCACACGGAUGGUUGUUACAUGGUAAACAUAACAAAAAACACGACGGUACGUGUAUGUGUGUGUAGGUAGGUGUGUAGUUUGUCAACUCUCGUUGAGUCAAGAAGGACGUGUUGUGGUUCAUUCUGACCAUCCUUUUCGCCUUAGGUGGGAUGGACAACAAGCAAGCAGUGCGAAAAACACAAACCAGAUGCUAUUAAAUAUAUAUACAUACAUAUAUAUCCUCUAUAUACAUACAUAUGCAACAAGCAACAGCCAUGCUAUCGAGAAAUGGGGGAUUUUCUUAAUUGGUAAAAUGUAAACCCUCAUCAACCCUUCUAUCCGGGUAUAAGAUUUUCCCAGCGAACCACGGAAACCGACAUUGUUCAGUGAGAAAUACAUCCAGCAUAAAACACAUGGUCAAAAGACAAUUGCAUUUGCCAAAAGCGGUCCCAGCUGUUUCGUUUAGUGUAUAUAAAAGCAGCAAAUAUAUGUACAGACACGAUUAGGAAACCAAUUUCACAUUCCACUCGUUUUUGCGUUCCGUUGAGUCAACAACACUACACCAAAUCGUAGUUCCAACCGGGGGGGUAACGUCCAUCCACAUAUCCCUGGGGCAUAUGUAUAGUUCACUUUAUAGGACACAACACAACGUACUAGUUUCUUUUUAUUAACAUGUUUGUGUUUAUAUUAUUUAUCCCAAGCUUGAUCGUUCAUGCACGAAACCGCCGCACACAACACUACACAAAGAUGCUACUACUACGGGUUGAGAACUGCAUUAUUUUAACUCUGUUUUGCUUAUCACAGUAUCGCAACUAAACACAAACAAAACAAAGACUUUUCCACCGUGUGUGUGUUGCCGUGCGCAUGUAUGAUGUAUGUGUAAUAAUGUUGUGCUGAAACGCGCUCUUUUUUUAAUAAAACAAAAACAGAUACGCUAAAAAAGCA